CAACGAUCUGCAGCCAUUCGAUCUUAUCGGCAUUGGCUUUGGGCCUGCUAACCUAUCCCUUAGCGUCAGACUGGCCGAACAAGCUCUCAAUAACACUCUCCUCCAUCCGCAGCUCCUCAAGACCCCCUCAGCCGAUCAGCCCACUCUUUCUCGCCAUCUCAGGACUUGCUUUAUUGACUCCAAUCAUCGCUUUCGUUGGCAUCCAGGCAUGAUGAUUGACGGAAGCCGAAUGCAAAUCUCGUUCCUCAAGGAUCUUGUGACCCUACGCAACCCAUGCUCGCCGCUCAGUUUCCUGAACUAUCUACACUGCCACGACAGACUUGUCGAUUUCAUCAACCGAGCCACCUUUACGCCGACUCGGCUGGAGUUCGCCGACUAUCUGGCGUGGGUGGCUCGUCGGGUGGAUUCCUCAUCCUCCUCACCUUCGCCGGGUGGCAAGACCGAUCCUCCAAGCAACCUUAACUCGAUCGACGUGUGCUAUGGCGAACGCGUCGUCUCCGUCCAGGGCGUCAGAGGCACAACGGGUGAUAUCGAAUUCCUGCGAGUUUCUUCUACUAAGGCUUCAAAUGGUUCUAUCCAGCAAUAUCUCUGCCGGAACUUGGUCAUUUCUGUUGGUGGGACCGCUCGAGUACCCAGACCAUUUCAAGAGAUUGGAUUUGAGAGCUCCAAGAAACCGUGCUACGUGCUGCACACUUCUACAUUCCUACAACACAUCGAUCAUAUCCUCAGCAACCUGAUUCGGCCCGCCUCUGCAUAUCCUCGGCCAGGUCGGACGCGUCAACAGCCGAUUUACGAUCCCCCGCUGGAUAGAUCCAAUUCGUCCAGCAGCAUCCACUCCGCGCUCUCUUCCGAGGGCUUCACCUCUCGUCCCUCGGCCGCUCAACCCACCUGCAGCCCAAAACCGCAUCCAGAUGAGCCGAGAAAAAUCAAGGUGGCAGUCAUCGGGGCUGGUCAAAGUGCGGCUGAAACACUCCUGGAGACUUACAAUCGACUCAAGACUUUGAUUGGAUCUGAACAUGGCUUGGAAACCUCCGCAGAGAUCGAUUUGCUCAUCAAACAAGGUCAUCUUCGGCCCUCCGAUGACUCUCCCUUUUCAAACGAAGUCUUCAAUCCUCAGUCGACCGAUUUCUUCUACGACCUUAGCGCCCAAGAACUUAAACCUAGAAUGAAUUCCCAGUCACCGAUCCCAGCUCAUGAGAGAGUCAAUGAUAUCCUCUUGAAGGAGGCAGCCGCGACUAAUUACGCGGUCGUCAGCCCCGAAACUCUCAGCACUUUGCACGAGAUCAUCUACUCACAAAAAGUGGAGCAGGGUAUGGAGAAGGGACAAUUGAGAGACUGGGGCCGACCGGACGACGUGAAGAUCAACAUCGUCAACUACACCGAUGUCAGAGCAGCCGAAGUGAGCGCGAGAGGGGACGGAUCGAUCGACGUAGUUCUGGAGCACCUCUUGACGGGAAAGACUCGGCGAGGGCACUAUGAAGCUGUGAUCCUGGGCACCGGAUACUCGAGACAGAGCUGGAAGGAGAUCCUAUUUGGACGAGCUUCGGGGUGUCCCGGCUCGGGCUCGGACAUCAGUCUCCGCUCGCUCUGGCCCGGCUUAUCCCUCGAGUCUCCCUUGCAGGGGCUCCACAUCUCAUCCGAACAUUCCUUGGACGACAGUCCCACGAAUUCGGAUAUCGUCUCCAGCGGACUCUCCGAUGAACACGAACACGACUCUUGUCGCGACGAACCCUCGUCUCAGAACCCCCCCAUCGACUUGCACAUUGCGCGCAAUUACCGCUUGUUACUCCCUGAGACCUUUGUCGAACCCGCGGACCCUUCGACAAACAACAACAACAACAACAAUAAGAGCACAGUUAGGAAGUUCAGACCGACGGUUUGGCUCCAAGGCUGUAACGAACGAACCCACGGAAUCAGCGACAGUUUGCUCAGCGUCUUGGCCGUCCGCGCCGGCGAGAUUUUCGACGGCUUGCUUGAAGAAGGCUGGUUUGGUUGUCCAUCUAAAUCCGAUAAAUGAGCUUUCUCUUUUCUCGUCGAGAGAGAGAGAGAGAGAGCUCAGAG